UAUGGUUCCUGGUGGACAGAAGAACAAGAGCAGGGAGGAUAGCCAGGAUGCGGAACGAUUCGGGGAUGGGCGUGACAGCGAAUCUGAUGAUGGGGGUGACGGAGGUGAAGUGGUGGAUGAUAUCGACGACGAAGAGUUUGGAGACUUUGCCAUGCCCGAGGUUGAAGGCAACGCCAAAGAUUCGGAACACUCUCCCGGUUCGGGUCGUAUGGUCUCUGGCAUUGACCCUGCGCGGGAGAAGAUCCUGGUCAAGCCACUCCCCGUCCAUCCGAGCAAAAGCGGUAGUCCGUUUGGUAACCUGUGGCCUUUCUCUACUCCUGGAUUCGGAAAGAAGGAUGAGAAGGAGGCUACGGCGUCUUCGACGGGCGAGCAGGGUUCAGAAAAGCAGAAGGAAAAUGUUAGCCCUGGAAGCGGUGUUACCAUAACAGAGGAGCCCGAGGAACUGGAUGCUAUGAUGGAGGAUCUGGUUAUCGGCGAGGACGGCAAGAAGAUCAACCGAGCGGUAGAGGCAAAGAGGAGGACAAGUAUUGAGGAUCCGGAUGACGACGAGGCGGAGGAGAUCUUUGUCAACAGGCCAGCCGGAGCACGCUGAUCCACACCAUACCCCUGGAGAUGAUAUAUAUGUCGGUUGGUUAUUGUUGGUAUGGGGUAGAAGUAGAUGAGAUACAGAUACACACAACACGGUCACUGUUAUGAUUGGAACGACGGCGAUGGGCGGGUGGAGGUAAACCGGUGCAGGAUCCCUUACUUGUUAAGCAAUUUGUAUUUCUAGCAUUCAGACCUACGAAGCCAUUACUUUGCAGUCGCCA